CGGGGCGGGUGCGCGGCCAUUCCCCGGGGAUGAGCGCGGCUCCGUCGAGAGAUGACACUCCUUGGACUGUGAAGCAUUUGAGGUGCAAUGGCAGAUCCCAUCCGCUGGGCCCGAUACCGCUGGCAGCGACUGAUAUCAACAGAGGGCAGAGAAUGCAGCGGCAGCAAUUCAAGUGGCAAGUGGUAUCAGUCAUCAAAAACUACUGGCAAACACAGGAUAGUGAUACCCUGUUUGGGACAUUUAAAAGAAGAGUAUGAAAUAGUAUCAAAACUGUACAUGAACAACAAAAUACGGACUACUAGGUAUACUUUAUUGAAUUUUUUACCACGGAAUUUAUUCGAACAAUUUCACAGAGUUGCCAAUUUGUAUUUCCUGUUUCUAGUUGUCCUAAAUUGGGUCCCUCUGGUUGAAGCUUUCCAAAAAGAAAUUACAAUGCUACCUCUGUUAGGGGUUCUGACAAUUAUUGCCGUAAAGGAUGGUCUGGAAGAUUACUCAAGGUACAAAAUGGAUAAACAGAUAAACAACUUACUAACCAAAGUAUAUAGCAGGAAAGAGAAGAAAUACAUAGAUGAGUGUUGGAAAAAUGUCAAUGUUGGGGACUUUGUCCGGCUUUCACGUAACGAAAUCAUUCCUGCUGGCAUGGUGCUGUUAUAUUCUAGUGACCCAGAUGGGAUCUGUUACACUGAAACUGCAGGCCUUGAUGGAGAAACCAAUCUAAAGCAGAGACAGGUGGUGAGAGGAUAUUCAGAGCAGGUCUCUGAAAUUGAUCCAGAAGAAUUUUCCAGUAGAAUAGAGUGUGAAAGUCCUAACAAUGAUCUCAGUCCUUUCCGAGGCUUUGUUGAGCAUUCCAACAUGGAUCGGGUGGGUCUCAGCAAGGAGAACUUACUGCUCCGAGGAUGCACAGUAAGAAACACAGAAGCUGUGGUAGGCAUAGUGGUGUAUGCAGGUCAUGAAACCAAAGCUAUGCUGAAUAACAGUGGCCCUCAUUACAAGCGCAGUAAAUUGGAAAGAAAAGUGAACACUGAUAUUCUUUGGUGUGUACUGCUUCUACUUUUGAUGUGUUUAACUGGUGCAGUAGGUCAUGGAAUUUGGUUAAGUAGAUACUCGGAAAUACCUUUUUUUAACAUCCCCAGGCCAGAUGGGAAAUUGAGUCCUCCAACAUUAGCAGGCUUCUAUAUGUUCUGGACAAUGAUAAUUUUAUUACAGGUCUUGAUCCCUGUUUCUCUCUAUGUUUCAGUUGAAAUUGUCAAAUUGGGACAAAUUUAUUUAAUACAGAAUGACAUUGAUUUUUACCACGAGAAAACAGACUCAACUAUUCAGUGUCGAGCACUAAAUAUUGCUGAAGACCUUGGUCAGAUCCAGUAUAUUUUCUCUGACAAGACUGGAACCCUCACUGAAAAUAAGAUGGUUUUUCGGAGAUGCAGCAUUGCAGGACAGGAGUAUUGCCACGAGGAAAAUGCAAAGAGGUUGGAAUCCUAUCAAGAGAUGGAGUCAGAGGAUGAGGAUUCAGCUGAUUGUCAGUGUGGCUCUUCAACCCCUACAUCAAAAUGUCAGGGGCACAACUGCCAAGCUGAGUGUGAACCUUUGAACAGAAAGUCUUUGGAUCAGUUGUCUGGUAGUUACUCUGCAUUCAGAAGGCAAGGUGAUGCAGGUGAUAUUCCCCACUCAGGAGACAUGGCUUUCAGCAGUCCCAUUGAAACAGAUGUUGUACCAGACACACAGCUGCUGGAGAAGUUCAGUCAAAUAUCUUCUCAUUCCUAUCAACAGUCAGAAGAAGCUAGCAGCAAGUUAUCUUUGGAGACAAUGUAUAUCACCGACUUCUUUCUUGCUCUGGCAAUCUGUAAUACUGUUGUAGUUUCAGGCCCCAAUCAGCCACGUCAGAAGAUGAGAGUCUCUUCACUGAGUAGGAUGCCUAUUAAAUCUCUUGAGGAAAUCAGGCAAAUGUUCCAGAGGUUUUCAGUCUGGAGACUAAGUUCUUCCCCAGUUCCAAGUGUAAAGGAAUCAUCAUCUGAAAGCCCCAAUAAUUUUGUGAGAAAACUGUCUAUUUUUAGAAUGAAACUGGCUUCACCUACUUUGGAUGGAGCUGCUCAAAGGAUUUCUGAACCUCACCAUAUUGACAGCCCAGAAAAUUCUCAAGUGCCUGGAGAACUGCAUCCUGUGAAUGUAGCUGCUGCUGAUGAACCAAACCAGGCUGUGUCAUCUGCUGAAUUGUCACCCAUAUCAAAACUAUGUUACGAAGCUGAGAGUCCAGAUGAAGCUGCCUUGGUUCAUGCUGCUAGGGCUUAUAAAUGUGUUUUACAAUCUAGGACUCCAGAUCAAGUAACUGUGGACUUUGCAGGUCUGGGACCUUUAACUUUUCAGCUUUUGCAUGUCCUGCCUUUUGAUUCACUGCGGAAGAGGAUGUCAGUGGUAGUUCGGCAUCCAGUCUCCAACAGAGUGGUGGUGUACACAAAAGGAGCAGACUCAGUCAUGAUGGAUUUGUUAAGAACUGCAUCUGAAGGACAUACUAAUAAUUCUGAAAUUGAGGAGAAGAUUAAAGAGAGAACUCAGCAGCAUUUGGAUGACUAUGCCAGAAGAGGACUGCACACUCUGUGUAUUGCUAAGAAGGUGAUGAGUGAUGCAGAGUAUGCAGAGUGGUUAAAUCAUCGUUUUUUAGCAGAAACCAGCAUUGACAAUAGGGAGGACCUGCUGCUUGAAUCUGCCAUGAGGCUUGAGACCAAACUAACUUUGCUUGGUGCCACUGGCAUUGAGGAUCGCCUGCAGGAGGGUGUUCCAGACACAAUACAGGCAUUACGGAAAGCCGGAAUAAAAAUAUGGAUGUUGACAGGUGACAAGAGAGAGACAGCUGUCAACAUUGCCUAUGCUUGCAAACUGCUGGAACCAGAGGACAGAAUCUUCACUCUUAAAUCACAGAGUAGGGAUGCCUGUGCCUUGGUAAUGAGUAAAAUUUUAGAAGCAAUCCAGAAGAAUGCUUCUGUCAAAAAAAAAAACAGUGAGAAACUUGGAAAUGUCUCUGCAAGUCCCUCCAGCCAAGCUCGAGGAUUCAAUGCAGGCCUGGUUAUUGAUGGAAGGACUUUAGAAUAUGUCCUUCAUGACAGCCUACAGAAUAUUUUCUUGGAACUCACAGAAAAAUGUUGGGCUGUAGUCUGUUGCCAAGCCACACCACUGCAGAAGAGUGUCCUGGUCAAACUGGUGCGAAGUAAGCUAAAGGCAAUGACAUUAGCUGUAGGUGAUGGUGCUAAUGAUGUCAGUAUGAUCCAGGUGGCUGACACCGGUGUGGGAAUAUCUGGCCAGGAAGGCAUGCAGGCUGUGAUGGCAAGUGACUUUGCAAUCUCUCAGUUUAGACAACUCAGGAAGCUGCUGCUUGUCCAUGGUCACUGGUGUUAUACCAGACUUACUAAUAUGAUGCUUUAUUACUUCUACAAGAAUGUGACCUAUGUGAACCUCCUGUUUUGGUACCAGUUUUUCUGCGGGUUUUCAGGCACAUCAAUGACUGAUUACUGGAUCUUGAUUCUUUUCAAUCUCCUUUUUACAUCGGUGCCACCCAUCAUUUAUGGUGUCUUGGACAAAGAUUUAUCUGCAGAGAUACUCAUGGAGCUCCCACAGCUUUACACAAUGAGCCAGAAAUCUGUGGCUUACUUGCCUUCAACUUUCUGGAUAACCUUGCUGGAUGCUUUUUACCAAAGUCUCGUUUGCUUUUUUGUGCCUUACUUUACUUACUGUGGCUCAGAUAUAGACAUUUUUUCUUUUGGAAACCCCAUAAACACUGCAGCACUCUUCAUAAUGCUGUUUCACCUUCUCAUUGAGUGCAAGUCUGUGACAUGGAUACAUACAGUGGUUAUAGUGGGCAGCAUCCUGUUCUACUUUGUGUUCACUCUGGCUUUUGGAGCAACCUGCAGAACCCACAGCCCACGAUCAGAUUUUUACUGGAUCAUGGAAAAGCACAUGACAGACCCAGUAUUUUACUUAGUUUGCCUCCUGACUACUUGCAUUGCUCUGUUACCCAGAUAUUUGAUAAGAGUUCUCCAAGGAACAUUGUUUCCAUCUCCAGUGCUGAGAGCCAAGUACCUUGUCAGACUGUCCCCCGAGGAGCAGAGGAAAGCAAUUCAGAGAUGGAAAGAUGAGUGCAAUGUGAAUGAUAGAGUGGAGCUUCAACCUACUUCUGUGCCUUCAGCUGCAGGUGCUGUAUCAGAGGAAGAAAGCUCUGACAGUGUUUUGUCAGCAUCUAAAACACAUUUUCAGACCUGUUCAAGAGAUGAGUUUGUAAAGAACACCUCCUUCUUACCAGACAUUAAGGAUGAGUCUGGGAAUACAAGUGGCUUGAACUCUGAAAAGGCUGAAUUUAUCAAAGAAAACUAAUACAGUUGCAUUUGGUGGUAACAGUUCAAGUGCCAAAGUCUAUCUGUGUGCUUCUGGAAAGGGCAGCAGUGCUGUAUCUCUAGCACACAAAGCAGUUUUGAGUUCUUUUUUGUGUGAAGAAGAUGCUUCACUGUAUUUUACAAAGUUGGAGUGCUAGCUAGUUAAGCACAGGAGUAAUAACUGCUGGUUUAUGCCGUGCUGUGGGUUUGUUUUCUUCAGCCAAGGUAGAUGAGGAACACAUUUCGUUAAAAGCUUUUUUGUUUAUAAGACUUUCCCAUAAUUUAUUAAGAUGUUCAAGGUCUAAAUGUCUGGAUAAUUUUUUAUUUUCUUCACACAGCAAACUGCAUACUGCUUAUUUCUUGUGUGUGCAACAUUGCUUAUCACUUCCUGGUGUUAUGGACAGGACAUUGCAUGAAUGUGGAUUUGCAGAAUCCAGUUCAGCUAAGUCAGCGUGCUCCCUUAUACUGCUGCCCUGGAACCCUAGCAUGCCCUGGGAUUCACCAUUUGCUGAAAUACCAAGUGAGCAACAGGGCUGGGAUGUGACAUUACUGGUUGGUUUGUUUCAAGACUUUUUAUUACAAUGUUGUAGUGUUUGUAGACAGCAAUUUACAUAACCACUGUGGUCCAGUUUGUUCACCAGGCUGUUGCAUGGGCCAUCUCACUGAUGGAAAAACACCAUUUUAACCGUGAGAGAGAAGCCCAAAUGAGACACAUGUAACAUGUCUCCCUCACCCUUCUCUUCACAUAAAGAGCAAAUCCUAAGUCCAGCCUUUUGUUUUCCAUGACAGUUCAUCCUCCUGCUGUAUCACUCCAUUUAGACUCCAUGUGCCAGUUCAUGUUAAGUGCCACCAAACAGACUUCUUUCCCACCUCACUCAGUUCAGAUGUUGGCUGGCUGUCUUUUCUCUAAACUACCUCAUGCAUGUACUGCAAAAUUGUCUGCCAGCAGCAGUGAGGACUCCAGUCUGUCUUCAGGUCUCCCUUACAAACAGCAGCUUCUAGCUGAUAACAUCACUCCACUCUCAGGUGUUUUUACAUUCCUCCAGGCUUUUAUACUAAUCAGCUUAAGUGUCUCUAAAGGCUGCUCAAAAGAAGGCAUAGUGCAUUGCAUAGCUCACAUUUGAGUGCUGUUACUCAUCUGUCUCCAAGGUAGAUGAGUCCUGCCUUCUGCCAGUUUCCCACUGCUCACACAGUGCACAGAGUGGCUGAGGUGCAUGUGGAAACUUCUAGAUUCCAGAUUCUCAAAAAUAUAACCACCUUUUACUUCCCUUCCCAAAAAGUUACAUGGACAAUGUAGAGGAACUUAGGAAAUCUGUUUGUGUUCGCUAGCACCUGUUGAAAUAAACAGUUUUCUCAAAACUGUAGCUGCUAAUGAUUUAGUAAUGCUGAGCCCAUUUUUUGGUUCUGUUACUUUCUAAAAGUUUUUGCUUUCAAAUUACCAAGAUCUGUGUGUUUAUUUUUAAGGCACCAUGUUUCGGGCAAGGGCUUUGCUUUUUAAUUGAACCAUGAGCUUUCCACAUGAAUGAUCAACAUUACAUAUUCCACAUCUUUUAAGAUCUCUGAAAGAAUUUAAACAAAUGCUGUGAGGUCUGGACAGCUGCUGCUACACAGGGCAGAUAUUGAGGGCAUGCUGAGUUCAUUCAAAUGCUGGUCAACACAUGUUACCAAAUGUUCAAAACAGCUCUGUGUUCAAAAGGUGGAAUGUAAUCAGGGCUGACUCUAUCCCUAGUGUUAGUGAGGAGAAAAAGAGAAAAUAGACUUUUUGUUUAGCCUGUAGACGAAAAGUAGUGGAAGGAGAAAGUGAUGACAACCAUUUCUGAUUUUUUUUUUUGAUUUGGCUCAACAAAUGACAAAAUGUUUUUGGUAAGUUUUAACAUAAAGUUAGUGGAGAUCUUUGAAGUGAUGGCAGACAUUUAAAUUCCAAGAGAUGAUGUUGGUUGGAGUUACUUUUUCAGAUGUUUGUCUGUAACAUCCUUCUUGCUGUGGGGGGUGCACCUUGCCAUGAGUGUACUCCAGAUUUCCCAAGUGAAACAUCUCCGUUUUCUCAACAAGAAAUGGGAGCUGCAAGGUUGCAAAACAGUCAGCAGGUUGUGUGGGGAGACAAGCUGGUACCAGGGCAGAAUCAUAUAGGAAAAGAGUUACUGGGAUGAAGUGAAAUCAUCUCCUCUCCUCCACAGCCCCAAGGCAGGGUCAGCUCCACCCUUGUUCUUCCUAGUGGAUGUUACACAGCUGUAAAGAGCUCCAGAGAAACAGGCAGUGCUUUCCUGCCCUCAGAGUCAAAUACUGGUUUUCUUUUCAUUAUCUGACCUAAAUGUUUCUUCUGUAAUUUAAAUGCACUUGUGGCCACUGACAGGAGAUAGGUCCAAGUUUUACAAGUGUCUAACUUUAUGACUGAGGUAUGUUGAAGUUUUGUGGGGCAGCUUCAGCACUUCCAGUGACCUGAGGGAGUGCAGGCCUCAGUUCUGUCUCCCCUGUCACUGUGAAAAAGAUUUUGGGUACAAAACCUGCUGCGGAAGGAGAACCUACUAGCGGAUUUGACAGGUAGAUGCUCAGGGGUUUGCAUUUUUUUUCAUACAAAAGCUGUAAGUAUUCAGAGUAAGAUCUUCCAAAACCUUCUGACUAAGCUAUAGCAUCAAAAUAACUAGAUGAAGAAACAUGAGUGGCAGUCAUCUGUUAGACCCGAGACCAGCUGCAUGAUGCCUCUGGGACAUUUAAAUUGCUAUUAUGUGAGUCCUUACAACAAUCCUCGUCACUCCAUUACUCACAGCUUAGUGCCAUGAGGCUUUCAGGAGUACACUGUUUCUCUCUGCUGAGGUUAUAAGUGCUUUUGUACCACUUGAAGUGGUGCAAAAUAACACUCGGGGGUGUGUGUGUGUAUUGCAUAUUGGUGGUACUCCAUAUUGCUUAAAAUUGUCCUCUACAGGCUACAUUUUAUUAGAGGAUUUCAACAAGCAGUCUGGGUGAUAAUUUAGAUUAUCUGUUGGGUAAAACUUGCUUUGGGGGUUGGAGUGGUUUUUUUGUUUGUUUGACUGUUAGUUUUUUUGGUGUGGUGAUUUUGGGGUUGAGUUUGUGUUGGUUUGUUGGGGGUUUUUUGUUUUGUUUUUGUUUGUUUGUUUUUGGGUUUUUGUGGUGGACAAACAGCAGAAAUACCUGAGGGCAUUUGCUGAGAUGACUUGCUGUCUUUAAGAGGAAAUGAGGGUAGUGAGUCUUUAAUAAAAACUUCAAAAUGUUAAUUGGCUGUAACUAACGUAGUGCCAAAUGAAAGGUGGAAACAAAUUGUGCUCCCUGUGCUUCUCAACAGUUCAGUGUUCCCUUUAUUAUUUCUUUUAGCACUGAAAACAUCACAAUCACCUGCUUGCUUCUGCACUCCUGCACUCAGGCACAGCAUGAUCUGACUUUACCAUUUUGAAAAUAAGCUUUUCAAGAGCAUCUCACAGGUGCCUUCCAAGUGUCAUGAAAAGAAGCACAGCAUUUCCACUUAAUUUUAAAACAAACCAAAACAACCACCUCCAACUGCCCCAAACUUUUGUAGCUACAUCUAGAAUGUCUUAACUCUGAUUUUGAUGUGCAAUAUUUGAUUUACAGAAGAAAGUACAUGUCUUAAUUUUUUUUCUUUCACAGCAACCACCCCUGUGCUAAACAUUAGCAGGUGGCAGUCAGCCACAGCCUUUGCUGUGUAUUUUAGCAGUACAGUGAGCUUUGGUCUGUACCUGGGGCACAUUUUGAGCUGAUUUUUAGCUCGAGCUGUUUUUUCCACAGCCCCACUGGCUGCCGCACAAGGCUGAGGACUGGCUGAGGACCACAGGCUUUGCAAGGCUUUGAGGACCAGCUAACACAGAGAACCCACUGCUCCCACCAGCCCUGGCACUUGGCCAAGGCUAAUGGGAAACUUCCAAAUGUGACUGUCUUAACUACAUUGCCAUAGCUGAAUUUCAGUGUGAGUUUUGUAUUAUUUGUCCCUGUUUUAUUCUGUUUUUACUCUUUUUUACUCUUGCCCUCAUGGUCGUGGCUUCCUUAUUGCAGCGGAAAGGUAAAUUUUAACUGUUUUUAAGCUUUUGUCUGCUUAUUAUUUUGAUUUCAGCAUGUGUACAUUUUGUUGAAUUUCCAUGUACAAGUUAAAAAGGGAUAUUUUAUUUAAAUUAAUUGCAUUCCAGAGCAAAAUUACAGAACAGAAUGUGUUCACAUUGCAGAUUUGAUUCCAGCUUUAGUUUUUCAGAUUUCAAAGUGCAGAGUAGUUGUUGGCAGCAGUAUUCAUGAUAAUAUUCUGUAUUGGAAGCAUACACACAGAAGAAACUAAAAGUUGUACAGUGGUAGUAGUGCCAAAAUCUCCACAAGUACUGCAGUGGUAACAAGGCUGCUAAAAAAGUCAGCUAAGGAUUCAAAAAUGCCUUUUGGAGGCUACUUUUAGGCAUUAUUGCUAAAGUUAUAACUUAAUACCUCCAUGUUAUCGUUCAGUCUCUCAAAAGAUGAAAACACAUUUUUAGCAGAGAAGUUAUUUGGAAAAUCACUGUAAAUUUUUAUUAGUACAACUAGAAAGAAACACAUUGGCUUGACUGAAUGGCAUUGCUUCCAUUUGGAGAUACAGCUGUGGUAGGAGCAAAAUUGACAAAUGUUACCUUACAAUGAGGCUACACCUGUGAGACAAACAGCAUAAUUGUGAUCAUAGCCAUUAUGGCAGCACACAGGAAAAGGCUUGAUACAGUGGAAGAAGGAGCAUGUUUGCCUAUUUCAUGUGCACACAUUUAAAAAACAGUAUAAAAAUACAUUUAUAAAAUUACAAAUUUCCUCUUUACAUGGAAUGUUGUGUCAGACACAGUCGUGGGAAAGGAUAAGACCCAAGUGCUCCCUCCUAAAGCCAUUUGGGAUGGGGUUCAGCCUGGAAUUUCUUCAGACUGAUCCCAUUUAGGAUGGGGCUGGACCUUAUGUUUAAGCAGGACUCUCCCUCAUUUCCUGGGAGUGACGUUUGGAAACUGGUGGUAGGUCAAAUCCAGUUAAGUAAAAUGUGUAGUUACAUGUUAUCAUUUGGUAAUGCUAAUAUCUACAUGAAUGAUUUUAUGUACGCCAGUGCUUUACAAAAUUCAGAGCUGCUAACAACUGUAUCUGGUGGAGAGAAGCCAGGCUGUGUUGUUUAUUCUGCAACAACACCUCUUUGGAGAACAGACCUGGCCAGAACCUGUCUGACAGCAGCCACCUGGCUCUAACAACACUAGGCCACCUUCUCCUCAGGGAACUCUUGAACCAGCUCCAGGACUCAGAGCUUUUCUGCCCUACAGCCACAGAGAUCCCAGCCUCAGAGGAAAGCUGAAGUGAGGACUGAGAGCUCCAGCCUCCAUAUCCUUGAAGCAAGGACAUCGAUAACCUGCUUCAACUGUAAUCUACUUGCUCUAGAAAAACGUGGUCACAGCUGCCUUCUCUCAUUUAAAGCUGGGGGAAGAAGAGUAUGUGAGUGUUACAUCCUUAAGAUACUAAAAGUAAAAAAAAAACCCAACAAUCAAA